CUCCUCUGCAUCUUUGACUUGGUAAAUUUCAAGAUGUUCGCAAGCCUGUCGGACAAUGAGUCCAAUUACUCCUCCCUGUGACUUUCAAGUGAAUCUCAAUGAGUGUUUGGGUCUCAAUGACAUGUUCCAGUGAUACUCUAUCCCAAAACACCCAUCAAUACAUCAAAAGGGCUCUCUUGAACCUGGAACAAGGAAGCAAUAUUGGGUCUUUGUAGAUGGAUCAAGAUGAAUCAGACCUGGUUUUUGUACUUGAUGCUCCUAGUGUUGGUGACAAUUCCAAGCAUCUGGGCUCAAAGAAAGCGAGACCCGAACUUGCCACGAUGUGUUUAUCGGGGACUCCCAAAAUCUCGAACUCAAAGCGAUUCCAGAUCGGUGGAGCGCUUUGACUUUACAUGCUCUUGUCCUAAUGGGCAAUACAAUGGUCGGAUCUCGCAUUUCCUCUUGGGCCCUCUACGAAGUUUACCAGCAACUCUGAGAACAGGAAACGUGUCUGUUCUCUUGGAGGGUUGUCGGGCGCUCAAAUUGGACCUUAACUUUGGCAAACUUGCGUUGGAUGAUACCUCCAGCAAAGGAAACACAUUUAGAAUCAAGAUUCAAGGCUCGUAUGAGGUUCAUGUGAGAAACGUUGGAUUGGUUUUCGAUCAUCACCAUCGCUUGGAAUUAGAACGGAUUUCCUCGAAGGUCGUGUUCACGGGGAACAUUUCCUGCUCUGAAUGCGCCAAUCAAACUCGAAGCUCUUCUAUGAAGUCUGAACUCUCACCAGCCCUGUUUUCCAUCAAGGCCUGGCAAGUGAGGCGAUUGAUACUUCACGAGGUCAACGCCGAGGUUCCCUUGAAACUUACAGCUUUGGAUGGCUUCGCUGUCGUGGUCUCCAAAUCUCGGUUCGAAACCAUUCCUUGGCCGGGCUUCUAUAUCCAUAACGUCACGCGAGUUCGACUCAAUCACAACCAAUUCAUUGAUGCAGCACCCAAGGCCGUCCUGGCCAAGCAAGGCACGGAAGUCGUAGUUGCCAACAACGUCUUGGACGUGUCCUCGGCCAUGGAUGUGUCUCAAUUUCAACAUAUGACGAUUCGAUGCAACCGUCCCAAUCUGUCCUCUCCUGUUCCACCUUCUCUUCAAUGCAAAGGAGUCGUUCCUCCCGAUCCAACCUUCAUUGACGAAUUCUAUCUCUCCCUGGAUCUCAAAUACAGGAUAAUCAUGUGGGGCAUCAUCGGCACUUUCGAUAUCUUUGGCUUCUUUUGGAUCCCCUUGGUGGCCCUCCUCACAAUCCUGGCCUCAAUCUUGGUUUGCUGUUGUUGUCGGAAAUGCCAAGAUGACUUCUGGGAAGAGGAACUCCCACCAGAGAGUUUGGUCAUCGUUCAUGACCCAUUGAUCCCGCCCAAAGCCCGCCCUCCGAUUUUGAAGAAGCGCAAUCCAGAAGGUCCCCAUAUCAAUGGACAUGACAAUUCAGUCCCGGAUCCACCAGAGAAGUAUGACACAUUUGUUAAGAUUGACAAAGUCACCGAGGAACCGGAUCCAGAAGAGGGAGUGGUCCACGGUCACCUUUUCCUAACCGGUUCCUGGCCCAAUAAUGUGAAACGACUUCGAGCCAUGUCCGAUGGCGAAGAAGAUGCGGAGGAAGAAGCAGAUGGCCCACAAGCCAAUGAACCCUUGGAAAAUCCAGGUGAGGAGCAACCAACUCGGCCCAAAAGGUCGUCAGGUCUGAAAACCAUCAGCGAAGUGAGACUUCCGGAAGGAUAUAUUCCACCUGAGACCAAGCCAGCUGAGGACUACGAGGACUUCCCGAAGCCUAAACCCAAGAAGCGGGUUAAGAAUGGUCCGAUCAAGAAAGUAAAAGCGGUGGAAAGCCCUUCCAAAACAAAAACCACAGCCAAAACCGGGGCUAAAGGCAAAGCCAAUACAAAUACCUCGUCCACUAAGAAGUCGGAGAAAAGCGGGAGUGGAAACUCAGGAACAAAACGAGACCAAAGAGAAUCCAGUGUUGGACGAUAUACCACAGUUUAAUUCUGAUCUUGGGUACAAAUAUACAAUUCGUUUUUGUUUUUCAUACUAA